AUGUCGCUGCUGCAGAGCUCGAAGAAAAAAGACAAGCGUAUUUUGUCUGGUACCUGCCCAGACCCGAAAUGUCAGGCGAGGCUUUUCUUCCCCGCUUACGGCUCCGUUAGCAUCGAGUGCACCGAGUGCGGCCAGCGCCACGAGCAGAAGAACCUGCUGAACGUCGAGGAAGUCACCGACCCCGAUGUCGUGCUUCACAAUCUGCUCAGAAACGCCCUGCUCGGCGUCACCGGGGCCCCGAAGAAGGGGACCGAGCUGGUGAAGGUAAUGGGGCUUUCUAAUUACCACUGCAAGCUGCUGUCGCCCGUCCUCACCAGGUAUGGCAUGGAUAAACAAACCGGCAAAGCCAAGCUGCUGAGGGAGAUGAACCAAGGGGAGAUGUUUGACUGUUCCAUCCUGGGGGACAGAGCUUUUCUCAUAGAGCCAGACCAUGUUUCCACUAUAGGCUACGGCAAAGAUAGGUCAGGGAGCCUCAUAUACCUCCACGACACUCUGGAGGAGGUGAAGAAAGCCAACGGUAACAGAGAGUGUCUCAUCCCGGUCCACGUGGAUGGAGACGGGCACUGCCUGGUCCACGCCGUGUCCAGAGCUCUGGUGGGCAGAGAACUGUUCUGGCAUGCCCUCAGAGAAAAUCUCAAGCAGAACUUCAAGCAAAACCUGGACCGCUAUAAGGCACUCUUUCAGGACUUUAUAGAUGCUGCAGAGUGGGAGGACAUCAUCAAUGAGUGUGACCCCCUUUUCAUCCCACCGGAAGGUGUGCCGCUUGGGCUACGCAACAUCCACAUAUUCGGCUUAGCCAAUGUCCUCCACCGACCCAUAAUUCUCCUGGACUCCCUGAGUGGGAUGAGGAGCUCUGGGGACUAUUCUGCCACAUUCCUGCCCGGACUGGUGCCAGAGGAGCAGUGCAAAGGGAAAGACGGGAAGCUCAACAAACCCAUCUGCAUUGCCUGGAGCAGCUCCAGCAGGAACCACUACAUCCCUCUGGUGGGAAUCAAGAACACAGUGCUGCCAAAGCUGCCGCCCCCCCUGCUGCCAAAGGCCUGGGGUGUCCCUCAGGAGCUCAUCAAGAAAUAUAUCAAGCUAGAACCGGAUGGGAGCUGCGUGAUCGGUGGAGAUCGCAGUCUGCAGGAUAAAUAUCUGAUGAGGCUGGUCAAUGCCAUGGAGGAGGUGUUCAUGGAGAAGCACAGCAUCCACCCGUCACUGGUGGCCGACGUGCACCAGUAUGUCUACAGGAGGACUGGUGUGAUUGGCAUCCAGCCCGAGGAAGUGACCGAGGCGGCAAAGAAGUCAGUUAUGGAAAAUCGGCUGCAUCGCUGCCUGAUCUGCGGCGCCCUGUCUGAGCUCCACAUCCCGCAGGAGUGGCUGGUUCCCGGCGGAAAGCUCUACAACUUAGCCAAAUCUACACACGGCCAGCUACGGCCAGAUAAGAACUACAGCUUCCCCCUCAACAGUGUGGUCUGCUCUUAUGACCCCCAGAGGGACAUCCUCAUCCCAGACUACAAACUGAGCUCCCUCAACACCUGCAACUGGUGUCAUGGCACAUCCGUCCGCCACAUCCGUGGAAACGGUUCUGUGGUUUACCUGGAUGGGGACAGAACCAACACCCGCUCCCAGGGAGGAAAGUGUGGGUGUGGCUUCAAGCACUACUGGGAGGGGAAGGAGUAUGACAACCUCCCCGAGGCCUUCCCCAUCACGCUGGAGUGGGGGGGUCGGGUGGUGCGAGAGACUGUAUACUGGUUCCAGUAUGAGACUGACACAUCUUUGAAUAGCAACGUGUACGACGUGGCCAUGAAGCUCGUCACCAAGCACUUCCCAGGUGAGUUUGGCAGUGAGAUCCUGGUGCAGAAAGUGGUUAACACCAUCCUUCAUCACACGGCCAAGAAGAACCCGGACGAAUACAACCCCGUGUCCAUCGACGGGGCUCAUGUCCAGCGCCUCACUGAUGCCACAGAGGCUCAGCAGCCGGCAGAACCCCAGCCGCCCACAAAGAUCAUCCUGACUGGUCAGAAAGCAAAGACACUGCACAAGGAGGAGUUGACAAUGAGCCGAGCAGAGCGCAGCAUCCAACAGAGCAUCAGCGAGCAGGCCUUUGUCACCCAAAAGCGUCGGACUGACAAACUGAAGCAGGAGCAGAAAGGCCACGGCCGGACGUCUUCGCCUGGAGGCUCUCCAGAAACCUCCUCCUCUUCAGCUCCAGCCACACCUACCAAGUCCUCCUCCCCCUCGUCCAAUAAGGAGAAGAAGAUUCGUGUGACCACCAGCGACGGCAGGCAGGCCAUGCUGACUCUGCAGGCCCACACGACCUUCUCUGAGCUGCAGAGGAGCAUCAGCAACCAGUUUGGCGUGCCGCCAGCGCAGCAGUGCAUCCGCUACGGCUUCCCGCCUAAAGAGUUGGUACCACCAAAGGAUGGUGAGGAAAACGAGCCAGUGGUGCUGCAGCACGGCGACAGGGUGACCAUGGAGAUCCUGAAGGGCCCCGAGGACAAGAGCCCCGCGCCCUCCAUCCCGCGAGCCUCCAGCUCACACUCCGCCCUGCAUUCAGUGAAGAGCGAGGAUGCGGUGACUCCUGGCAGAAUGAGCAGCCGUGAACUCCAGGACAGCAUCGACCUUGAGAUGUCCUCCCUUUGUCUCCUAGCAACCUUGAUGGGUGAGGAUGUUUGGUCGUACGCCAAGAAGCUGCCUCACUUAUUCCAGCAGGGCGGCGUCUUCUACAACAUCGUUAAGAAAGACAUGGGCCUGAUGGACGGGAAGCACUGCACGCUCCCUCACCUGACGGGGAAAACCUUUGUUUAUAACGCAGCAGAGGAGCGUUUGGAGCUCUGCGUGGACGCUGCUGGUCACUUCCCCGUCGGUCCUGACGUGGAGGAGCUGGUGAAGGAGGCACUGGUGCAGCUGCGCUCUGAGGCGUCCACCAGGGGCAGCAGAGAGGGCAGUCCCUCCCAUGGUGUGCUGAGGCUGGGCAGCGGCGGUGUGGUUCGUAAAAAGGAGCAGCUGCAGAGUGUCACCGCCUUUCAGGGAAAAGGCCACUCUCUGGGUAGCGCCGGGGGCUCCUCGCCUCCAGAACACCGCCCUAUCACACGCCAGCACAGCAGCGGCGUGGACCUGAGCGCCAGUGUUUCCCGAGGACCGCCAGACCUGUCGGACAUCCCCGAGGACACCACCAGGGAGCUGGUCCGCAUGGCUCCGGGCUUUGUCACUAUGAAGGAUGGUCGCGGGCUCGACCCCAGCCUAAUGGAACAGCAGAGGAGGAAGCUGCAGGAAAUGGUCUCGUCCAUCCAGGCCUCCAUGGAGCGGCACCUGAAAGAGCAGCAGAGCGUCGCCACCGCCUCAGGGGGAAGGGCCAGCCAGGAGCCGACAGGCGGGACCCAGACGGGCGGGGACCAGCCGACGUCUACGGCCGACCACAAACCGCCGGCUGCAGCAGGGACGACGGCAGCCAGCAAACCUGACGAGAAGGUGGAGGAACCGGAGGAGAUGGACAGUCAGGACGCCGGGCAGAGCAAUGCCACCGAACCCAUGGAUCACUCCUGAUCACGCCUGAGCCCAGCACCGCCCCACCCCCGCACCCGCCUGACCGGCAUCUGUGGGUCAUAACACCUCAGGUCGGAUCCUCAAGCUUUGGUCUUCAUCGUGUUGCGUUGUCUUUACUGCAUGACUAAAGAGCGGGCCGACCGUCCUCGCCGCUGCGAACUCCAGGUGGGACAGCCGUCGAUGGGGCGAUGUAUUGUGACACACUGUCUGCGAUAUAUCAUUGAUUCUCACACCAGGUUCACAGAUGUGUUGCAGAAGCUGUCGCUGUGUGUGUCUACACUAUAUCCACUUUAGUCUCAUCUGUCAGCACCACUCUGUGAAACUUGAGCACAUUAAUUAAUUAAUUAAUAAAUACAGCAAAUGAUUGAUCCCCACAUUGAUCCAGAGUAAGCUUUUCUCCUAAGUUGAUGAUGUAUCGUGAACAACUGUCUUACAAUAUAUCGCAGAGUCAUCCCUGAAGUGACGGAUUGUAUCUUUAGACCUGUGGUUCCCACCUGCAGACGUCUAAUCCUCUCGAUGUGAACACGCACGGAUCUCCGAGGAGGAAAAAUCAGUGAGACGCAUUCCUGUAGAUAGAAGAAGAAAUCCUGAGUCUUAAUCUGCCGCAAGGAGGAGAGCUGCAAACAUGCUUCCGUCAAAGUGCACGCUCUGAAAAGUGCACCGGCCUCCGUACGCAUCAACGCCUUCAAAAUGCGCUUUUCCGCCAUCCGUCUGUCUGAGACCUGCAGGGAGAGCUCUGCUCUGUUUGCUCGAUUGUUUGACUCCUCCUUAAUGACAUUUAUUUAUUUUACUUUUUUCCGCUCUAACAGUCACCAACUAAAGGUUUAUGUGCUAAAAAGAAUCAGUAGAAAUGAAGCACCUGCACCACCUACAGGCAAGAGAAGUAACUGCAGUUUCAGUUUGUCGUAUCUAAAAAUUUACAGCAGUUUUUCACCGGAGACGUCACCUAAUUAUAUCUGAUGCCACCUGCGCCUCAGCAUCAGUAACAGCGUGUCUCUUGGUAACUGUGCCUUGAUGGUUGUGGCCGUAUUGAACACACGCUGUUUUAGAGACCCACAAAGUGACGUGUGGCGGCCGGUUGGAAGCAGUUUGGACCUCUAUGUGUUCUGCCUUGGUUUCAGUUUUCAUCAUUUGCUGAUUAAUUUUAUUUUCUCACCUGAGUUUACUUUACUUUUCCUUUGCUCUGUAGGUGAAUUGAUUGUAUAGAAGAGACGGCCUUGUACUUUGUGUUUUGUUGUUGUUUUUUUGUUGAAUAUGAAGUGUCCAUAUUUGAAUGAGAGGUUUCUACCUAACAACAGGCAGCCUGGACAGAGAGCUGCGUCCAUAAACUGUACAUGUGCAGCCCACAGAACAGGAACAGACCAAUAAAAUAGUAGAACGAGCUCUGACUGAGUCGACAGUUUAGCCAUAAUUUGUCACGUAAGUUCAUAAAAAGGUACCAACAGCACAAACACAGUCGAGAGGUCCUGAUUGGCUGAGGUGAAUCCUACAGAGGUGUAGUGAGCAUCUACAGCUCCCUGGGUCACCAUCCACCUGUCAGUCAAAGAGGCCACGCCUCUAACAGACUGUAAAUUUUAAGCCUUACAUAAAAAUGGAUGAGUUAUACAAAAAUUAACAUCAUGUACAGAAAGAUGGACAAAACUGUCUACAGAGACCAAAACCAUUUCUUAGCAGCGGGCUGUAAACAUGUUUGUGGUAACCUGGGAGACUGAGGGGGCAGACUCACUUUGGAGCCUGCCCCGUGUGGCCGUUAGAGGAACUGCAGUUUUUGUUGGCUUGUUGCUGCUUGGUUGGGUUACUUAAAAGAUCAUAGUUUGGGUUAAAAUGCAGCUGUAGGAGUGAUCACCCCACCUUACUCCUUCCAUGACCCCCCCCACAAAUCUUAGUGGACUCCUUGUAUGUAAAUGAAGGUUUGACAAAACGGCAUUCUUUGACAUUUUUUUUUUUUAUCCCUAAACAGAAAUUUGAGGGUCUGUGUAAAUUUUGUAGCAAUAAAAUGCCAAAGAUGUGUUGGAGAAAUGCAGUUAUUGAACAUUUUUAAUUAAAGUCCCCAGAAUCCCCAAAGAUUUUGGAUUAAACUCAGACAGUUUCCAUUUUUUGUCAGUGAAGGAUUAAUGAGUUCUCUCAGCAUCAAUUUAACUUUAAAUUUUAUUGUCCAUUUGAGAUUUGAAGAGAAACUUGAGGGCAGUGGGAAGAAGAGAAAUUAUAGCACGUUACCUGCAGGGGGCGCCAUCAUGAACGUGCAGCAGUUAUUAAUGUCCUGGAGCUCAAAGCUUCUCUUUCAUCUCAGUUUAUCUGAAAACACUGUAAACUAACUCUGCACAGGACUGUUAUUUUAUCCUCAACAACUACCUUUCCCAUGAGUCUUAGCCACGAGAGCGCAGCUGAAGCCUUCUGGGAGUCGUCAACGAAAUCAAGAUAUUUCACUUGUAGGAGUUUUAGAAGAUCUGAAGGGAAACUUGCUGAGCUGUGAAGGUGGUGCAGGUUACAGUGAGCGGCUCCUCCUGGUGGAGCAACAAGUUAUUCCACAUAUAGAAAAAGCUCAUCAGGUUGGUUAAUAUCAAAGGUCAGAAAGCUGACGUGAUUAACAACCCACAGGUUAUUUUAUGGAUUGUUUGAGAUUUUAUUCAGAUAUUACACCUGUUUUUGUGUUGGAUGAGGAAAGACAUGAAAAGGGGAAAACCUAAAGCUCCAUUCAGGAGGUCCUCUGUGCUCUGCAGCUCAGCCUUCAUCCUGUUGGUUCGUGCUUCGGUUUUCACUUCUAUGUUUUCUCUUUUCCAAAGCAGAACUCAGAGAAAAACCAGCUUCAUGUUUUCACUUGAGUUUAAAUUCACUGUCGAUCUAAUAUUUGCUCAAAGAGCCUCCUCAGUGGCUCCCUGUGCUUCUGUCCUAUGCAAAAAUCCCAACUGAACUUCCGAGACUAAACACUACCUACACGUUAGUGACUGUGAUUUACAGACUCACCACCAGGUGUCCCCGCUGGCAAUGAAGCUCUCACAGAGAUGCACUGAUUGUGAAAAUUGUUUAAAAACAUUUGAAUUCUUAAAAAAAUUCCAUCUUUUGGGAAUAAUAUUUUACCAUUUUUCAGCUCCUCUUCCUCUCUGAAUGAACAAGUACAAAAUCCACUCGUACAAAAUUGUGAACUUGGAUCCCGGAUGUGAGGAAGACUGAUGGGAGCCAGCAGAGACCCAGCGACCUCUGACAUCGCUGAGCAUCAGCUGCUUUCAUGUUCAGACAGUAAUCAGUGCAUCUCUGACAUCACACACUCAAACUGAGAGAUUAACGUUGCACAGAGAUCUUCCUCCGGUGUUUUUAAUGCCUGAUAAAAGGAGCCGGGUUCAGGAUUUCUUUGUGCCUGUAGCUUCAUCUGCUCCUCUUUAGUUCAGCAGCCGAACGCUGCAGGAGGCAAAAGCAUCAAAUCGGGUUUAUUUGAUGCUUUCAGAACAUCCUCCAGGUCAGAGUCCAAGCUCCCUCAGCGAGGGCUUCUUCUCAUGUGGACUGAUGUCCAAGCUUGCUCUGUAUGGAUCAUACAGUAAGCUGCUGUUUUUGUCAGAAUUACAUGAAAGUGUGUUUGAAGAAAAGUCCUCAAAGAGCCUUCAGCCCUGCACUGGCUGCCCAAAAGUAUGUGGACGGUCUCAUCUUCGUCUCUGUUUGUAUUUGUGGGUCUGUGGGCUGAUGCCUGGUCUUUUGUGUAGUUUUUUUUUUGUCCACUUCAGAAGCCAAAAGUUUUUAUCAGGAAGUGUCAAAAAAAAUAAGGAUCAAAGCUGAAUUUUUAUUUCCUCUAUUAAAAAAAAAUCUCAUCCAGUUUACUCUGACUGUAUUUUACCCCUGGACCUCCACUCCUGUACCCCACCCACGGUUUGAAAACCACUGAAUGAAAUCAUUAAUGUGUGAAGCUCUUUAUGCAGCUGCUGUUUUCUUUGGUCUGUGUUGGCAGGAGCAGGUUUGUGGGUCCACUGAACGCGUUUGCUGAACACAUUUGAAAUGCUUUCCCUGUUCACACAGAGUCAGUAUCUGCACUCAGAGUGGACGUCUGGGUUAGUUAUAAAUCAUGAGCAGCACGUGUGAACUUUCCAUAGUUCCUGAUAUUUGUAGCUUACUUUUGUGAGAUGCUGAGCUUAGUUUGUGUUACUGCGGGGCUCUUUGAGAGGUAACAGGAGGCGUCCACACACAGCUUACACACUCGCGUUCAGCCGGAGUCUGCUCCUCGCUCUUCCUGGUGUCGUUCCUGAAGGGAAACUUUUUCCCCUCAGCAUGAAGCUCAACUGAAGCAGAUCCAGAUGUUAGAGCUCAACAUGUGGCAGGCAGACUGAAGCCAAAGCAGCGGAGCCUCUCAGAGCUGCACAUUAGUGCUAAUGCACAGACCGAGGAGUUAAGAGAGGGUUUGCAUGUAUGUGCUGCUUCAGUGCUGUGUGUGUGACUCAGCAUGCUAACAGCUGGCAGGGGUUACAGCAGCUAACAAAGCUAGCUGUGACUAACAUUGUGCAGCUUGGCACAGAAACAAGUUGAGGUUCAUCACGGGGCUCCGUGUGAACCAACAUCUGCCACAGUCUCCAGAUGUUUUCAUAGCCUUUGUUCAGCUUUGGUCUUCAGAAGAGGUUCGAGCUUUAUUCUGAGAGUCCAGCUGUUUUAUCACAUAUUUAAUUAAACUGGGCCAAAAUAAAGUCUUAAAAGUUUUAAUUAUAUUAAUGUUCUUUGCAAAUGAUAUGAUUGGCUGGCAGUGAAGUAUUUGAAUAAACACACUGUGAUUGGCUGGUGGUUAAAACUGGAUCUUCUCUCAGCUGUUCAGGUUUAAGCGCCGCAGCCUGCUGUAGCGCUAACGUGCACGGGUUCAUCUUCACCGUUUGACCCAAAUUAGAGACAGGAAGUGAAACCUGCUUCGUGUUGAACUGUGAGCCGUCGCAGCAGCAGGACUGAAGUGUUUGUCCACCUGCUGUUUCAUUUUGCCACAAACUUUUAAAAUGUUGGGUUUUCUGUAAAGAAGUACGUUUCAGGAUUUGUGUGUUGGGACUUUUUGGCCUCUGAACCUGGUAAAUAAAAACUGGUGUUUUGCACAUUGAUUUUUGGAGGAUUUGAGGAAAAACAGCAGCUUGUUUUCAUGAUUCGUCGAGCCAGAAGUCUCAAACAAACUGGAUCAUUUCUCACUGUGCUCCUCUGACUCGAUGCUUGUGCAGAACUUUUUUUUACUGCAUUUUGGUUUAACAUUAACAGUGGAGCCCAGCUCUGACCUCUGACCUCUGCAGCUCACUGAUGCUGGAGCUCAGUUAUUAAGUCCACAUGAAGUGUGGAACGUGUGGUUGUAGCUCCACUUCUAAAAAGGCAAACAUGUUUCCCACAAACACACAGACAGGAGGCAGUUUACACUCGUGCUUUGUUGCCAACAGAUGUUUCUCCACAUCUCUCCAUAAGUUGCUUUUGAAUGAAGUCGUCAGGCCUUAAACUGCACAGACUGUUUCACAUGUAGGUUCUUUUGCUUUAACCUGUGUUGUUUUCGCUCACACUGUUGUUUAUUUGAAGUUCAGUCUUUGUGUUUUCACGUCUUUCUUUGGCCUUUUUGUUUUCUGGUUUGGCAGAAAUCUCCGUCUCAGAAUCACAGUCCCUCUGUUUUUGCCGAUGAGAGGAUCAAUUGUACGGCUUAGCACUUUGAGGGAAAACCGGGAAUGUUAGCGUAGCAUGCCCAUGUUAGCGGAGAGGAGGCGGGACGGCCGCACGAAUUGGGAGGAAGGAGAGUUUACUCAGAUCAGACGACACUGCUGUGACAGACUUGAAGUUUUCUUUGUGACUGCUGUACUAAUGAUAUGAAUUGUAAUCCACCUGUAUAAUAGUAUAUAUUGUAGUAUAUUUGGAUCUGUACAGAAACACAGAUUGUUCAGUUCCUGCAGUAAUGACUUCUUUUGUUAACUUCUCUCUGGUUUGCUAAUAAAAUAUUGAUGAUACACGGCUUCGA